GGCCAGUGAAUCGAGACAGAUAUCCUGAAGAGAAGAGGGGAGGACCUAUCAGAACAAAGCGGAAUCAUUUGCACAUUUACUCCACACUCAGUGGAAACAGGAUUGUAUUUUGUUUUUUUCUCUUUUGGGCCUCUGCUUCCUGCUUCUUCGUCUUGUUGCACUACAGGAGCUCCAUUGUGGCAGGAGUGAGGAUCCCCUCCUUUUGUGUCGCUCUGCAGUUGUUUAAUUCACACUCCAACUUCUGCCUCCUAUUUCCCCCAAAUAGGAGGUUUCAUUUCUGUUUUUCCUGUUUCGGCCUAAACGGAAUGAAUGACAAAAACAAAGGAGGUUGAUGUCCAUAACUCUCCGACUCACCUCUUCUUCGCCUCGCCCAAGGAACGGAGACUCCAUCUCCGGCAGAAGAUGGAAAGCGGAGGCGGGACGGAGGGCUCGGACAGCGGGCAGGCGCAGCACGCGGUGGCCGGGCAGCAACAGCAAAACCCCCGACCCGAAACCGCAGAGCUCUCUGCGGCGCUGCCCGCUCAGACUCCGGGCGAGAAGAAGAAGAUAAACCGGGCACCGUCCCCGGCCAGACCGAAGGAUGUACCCGGGUGGUCGCUCACGAAGAUCCGCGGAGGGAUUGGGACCCCGACCCUGAGCGUCAAGCCGGGAGCAAUUCACCUGGGCAGCCGCAUUUCUAGGCGCAGCCCCGUGGGGAGUCUUGCUGCUAAAGACGGGAAAGCAGACAAGAGCGGUGUUGGCAAACCGGCCGGUAAAUCCUCCUUCUCCGCCGCCGCGUUGUCCAAGACCUCAGCGACCAAGGUGGCCAAGAGCACCGGAGGGCGGAGGAAGGUGUCGGACGCCAGCAUCGGAUCCGAUGAUUUAUCCAAGGAUUCCGGCUGCGCCACCGGGAAACUCUCUCCGACCGACAGCAGCUCCGAGCUAUCGGACUGCGCCUCUGAGGAAAACAAGCUCUCCACGGACGCCGUGAGCAGCGACGCGGAGUCGAGGAGCAGCCGGGGCGGAGGGCCGGACGGGGACAAGCCGGCCAGGGAUGGCGCGUUGGCGGACAGAGCUAGCCAGCAAGCCACCGCAAAGACCACCUGCUCCUCCGCGGAGAAGGACUACAAGGACCGGCUCUCAGUGGGCGUGGAGACCGGGGAAGGGAGCAUAUCUCCCGGCGAGGAACGCUCGGUCACCUCGUUUGACAGCAGAGUGCCAGCCAGCACAUCCCUGGCUUUCUCAGACCUCACAGAGGAGUUUAUGGACGGCAUGCAGGAGGAGUUUGUCCGGGAGAUAGAAGAGCUGAGAUCUGAGAAUGAUUACCUCAAAGAUGAGAUGGAGGAGCUGAGGUCUGAGAUGCUGGAGAUGAGGGACAUGUACAUGGAGGAAGAUGUCUACCAGCUGCAGGAACUACGGCAACAGCUGGAGCAGGCAAACAAGACCUGCCGCAUCCUGCAGUACCGACUGAGGAAAGCAGAGCGGCGUUCUCUCCGCGUAGCCCAAACGGGACAGGUGGAUGGAGAACUGAUACGAACGCUGGAGCAAGACGUCAAAGUGGCGAAGGAUGUGUCCAUCCGUCUCCACAGCCAGCUGGACACCGUGGAAAAGAAGAGGAGUCGUCUGGAGCAGGAGAAUGAGGAGCUCAGGGUCCGUCUGCAGGACCUGGAGGUCGCCAAACAGGUCCUGCAGCAGGAGAUUGACAAGAACUCCCAAAAGAAACGAGGAGCACGACCCAACAACAAACCUGACAAGAAGCUUGGUGCACAGGAGGACAGUUCAGACCUGAAGUGUCAGCUCCACUUUGCCAAAGAGGAAUCAGCCCUGAUGUGCAAGAAGCUGACCAAGCUGGUGAAGGACAGCGAGGCCAUGAAGGAGGAGCUGGCCAAGUACAGGUCGAUGUACGGAGACGUCAACGCCUCGCUCACAGUGGAGGAGGUUGCUGACUCACCCCACACCCGCGAGGCAGAGAUCAGGGUCCACUUGAAGCUGGUGGAGGAGGAGGCCAACCUGCUGAGUCGACGCAUCGUGGAGCUGGAGGUGGAGAACAGGGGCCUCCGAGCUGAGAUGGAUGAUAUGAAAGGACCACAAGAUGGUCCUCAAGAACUUACUGGUGUUGGUGGUGGUCUGGGGGCGGGUCUUGGUCUAGGGGGAGGCGCCAUGGUACUCGGGGGAGGAGCUUCAUCUGAAAAUGUCAUGGAGCUCCAGAGACACCUCCAGUUUGUGGAGGAGGAGGCGGAGCUACUGAGGAGGUCUCUAAUCGAGAUGGAGGAACAGAACAAACUCCUGAUGAAUGAGAUCAACCGAUACAAAUCUGAACUCCCGCCACCGACGUCCACGCUGUCAUCCAACUCAUUAACGUCGCUGACCGACGGGCUGCUCAACGACAGCCCGGUGCACUCCAUACAGGAAGGGGCGGUGCUUAUCAGCACAGAUGCCCCGACCCAGGAGGAGGAGCUCAGAUUGGCGAGGCUUCAGAUUGGAGAACUGAGUGGGAAGGUGAAGAAGUUGCAGUACGAGAACCGAGUGCUCUUAUCCAACCUGCAGCGCUGUGAUCUGGCCUCCUACCAUGCUCCUUCCUCCUCUUCCUCCUCACUACGACUGGCUCUGGAGACUGACGCCGAGGCUGGAGACUCAGCCGAGUGUCUCCCCACCAGCCCGCCCCACCGCAAAGAGCCAGUCGGAGGUGAGAACGACGCCCUGGAGAUCAAAGAACGGAAAAAGAAGAUCGAGGACAACGCUGACGCACCAACCUCACUCCCUGGGUGCCUGGGGCAGAAGGACCAUGAUGCCUUGCUGGCCAUGAGGGACCAGGCUCGCUUGGUUUCCACGGCGAUACAGCUCCUGACCUCCCCCGAGUCUAACUGCCUUUCCUCCUCCCCUUCCAUCUAUCACAAGGUCUGCAGCAACGAGGCAGCAGAGCCAUGUGACCUGGAGAAACCUCAGCCUCACAGCCAGAUAUCAGAGCUGUCUGACCUGGCGGACCGCCCUCUGGUUGGUGCUCUGACCAGCAGGCUACAGGCUCUUCACACCCAGCUACAGGCCUUUGUAGAGCAGGUAGACAACCUGGGUAAACCACCAGCAGGUGGGAGGGACCCUCAGGUGGAGGGAGCAUCUCCCCUGGCCUCACCCUGCACCUCCCUCCCCUGCUCUGGAGACGGCCAGGAUGGAGUGAACACUGCCGAGGAGAAGCAGCCUGAUUAUAGGGACCCAUCAGAACCGGAGGUGAAAGGUCAAACUGAGGAGAACAGCCAAUCAGACAUCAAUGAGACUCAAAUGCAAGAAAACAACCAGCUGGAACAGCGAGAGAAGGAGGCAGAUGAUGCGCUGCCCGCCCAGUCCACUGACCACCAGGCUCAGCUAUCCAAUGCAGAGGAGUCUGCUCUCGGACCUCAGGAGGAGCUGGAGAAGGAGAGGAGUGCUCAGAGAGAAACCACUCUUAAACUCACACAGCUCCAGGGGGAGCACCAGAAGGCUCUGCUCCGCCGGGACUUCCAGCUGCAGAGUCUGGGCCUCCAGGCUCGGCUUCAGCAGAAGCUGUGGAGUCAGGAGAGGACUCUGCUUGUCCAGGAGUCUCAGCAUCUCAAACAGGCCCUGUUACUGCUCAGCCUCAAACUGCGCUGCUUCCUCAAACAGUGGCGGCUCGGCUGCAAGAAGGACACGGAGUGGAAAAACAUCUUGGAGAUGAACAGCCUGAAGGACCUCUACUUGCUGUUGGAGGAGGAGAACCUGACGAGCCCCGCCCACCAGACUGACAAGAGGGCUGCUGCAGAUGAACAGCCGCUCAGCCCCACUAUCAAGUCUAGCGCCGUGAGCAGCACCUUGGCAGACCUGAAGGUGGCGCUGCAGGAUCUGAGCGGAGAGUUGCGUCAGGAAAGACAAGGCUCCCAGGAACUCACCCAGCAGUUUGCAAAGGCCAAGGCAUCAUGGGAAGUAGAGAGGACCGAACUAAAGAGCCUCAUCACGCAGCUUGAGACCAAAACAGGCAAAGCAGCAGCAGCAGCAGCUCUGACUACCACUGAUGCACUGGAACCUCCGGACCUGAAGGUGGCGCUGAAAAGGGAGCGUGAAGAACACCAGCACCUCCUGGCUGAUUCUUAUGCAGCUGUGAUGGACCUAACUAAACAGCUUCAGAUUGGAGAGAGGAACUGGGGCAGAGAGAAGAUGGAGCUGCUGGAGAGGUUCAGCCAAGAGAGAGCUCAGUGGGAGCAGAGACUGAGAGAGGUCACUGCACAACAGGGCAAGUCGAAGUCAUUAGGUGGCGAGUCCUCUGCAGACACAGUCGUUGCUAACGGCACAGGAUCACCACGAACGAAAUCCACACCGGAGCUGGACGGCCCAGAGGUCAACGGAACAGCCAAUCAGGAGGAGAAGAUUCAGUCUGCAGUCCCGCCUCUUUUGAUUUGCCCAGAGCUGGGCGACCUUAGCAGGAAGAACUGGACCUACCUGACUAAUGAGACCCCAGACGUUGUGGACACUUGUAAAACCUGGGAUGGUCCCAGCGGCUCCUGCAGCAGCUUAGUGGGAUCAGAGCUCGAUCUGGAGUCUGUCCAGAGGAGCUACACUGCUCCAGAUCGCACUGGCAUCCGGAUCUACUACAGCCCUCCCGCUGUAAGAAGGAACCAGGAGGGCAAAGAGCUACAGCAGGACCAGAACGGGAGCUCAUCCCUGGGACUGAGUGGCUCGGAUGUAGGCAUGGCUGCGGUGGAAACCCUGGAGGUUCAGCAGCCUCCAUCCUCUUUCUCGUCCUCUUACGAGCAGUGGCUGAGCUCACUGUCCAAGCAGCACAGGGAGCUGCUGGAGAGCAGAAGUGGCUGUAUCACCGGUUCGAUCCCCAGUGUCGUCAACAACGGAUUUGGAGGUUCGGCUAACAGUUUGGUUGAUGGGAUGACGCCCUCGUCAGCUUUCCACAGCCUCGAGAUCGGGGAGAUUUCAGCCAACUUAAGUGAUGACAUGAAGGAGAUGACCAACUGUGUCCGCCAAGCCAUACGCUCUUCAUCUCUGGAGAGGAAAUCCACCAAGGAACCUGGGAGUCAGGUGGUCGGCAUGUCCACCAGGGCCACGCAGACUGCUUCACAGUACGUCAGCAUUGGGCUUCAAACCGACAACCUUCCCGGCAGCAGGGGGGCUGGGCUACACUCCAAAGCCUGGUCUCCUCGCCCCUCAGCAACAACCACCUCAUCUCUAGCGUCGGCCCGAACCCGGCAGAUAUCAACAUCACUGGAUAAAGUUCAUAGCCGCAUUGAGAGGCCUUGCUGUUCACCCAAGUAUGGAUCACCGAAACUACAACGCAGAGUCUCUUCUGGUUCCACCUCCAGACUGGACGGGUCUACCUCCUCCAGGGAUCGGAGCCUUUGGAGUCUCCAGCAAAGAUCCAUCAGUGGAGGAGGAGGCUCGGCUUGGGCUCGCUCUACCACCACCAGGGACAGCCCUGUUCUGAGUGGUCUCACCGACGGCCUCUCCAGCCUCUUCAGCGUUGUGGAACACGCUGGAAGCACAGAGUCUCUCUGGAGGGGUGACGGAGGAGCCAGCCAGGGUGCCAGUCCAGCACGGCACCCUCCUGCUGCAGGGAAACCCUCUGGUGCAGCAGUCUGUGGAUCUGAGCCCGGCACUCAGCGGUAUGGAGGCCUGGUCCAGGAGUUCUUCAGGAACGUCUGCAGCAGCCGUGCCCAGGGAGGACUCACCAUGCCUGGGGAGAGAGCCCAAAGAGACUCCCUCGGUGUCUUGGGCAGCGUGGAUGAGCCCAAGCCAGAGUGCGUGUCAGCAGGGAUUGGAGGACAUGGAGCGCUGGCUGGGCUGGGUGGAGGCAACGACAAUGUGACCAGGAUUGUCAAUAAGAGGUUUAUGAGACAGACAGCCGGGGAGGAGAUGGUCAGUAUCAUGGGAGGAGGGAAAGAAACCAUAAGCAACGGAGGAGCUGCAGGAUCUGGGACUGAGGAUGCACCCUGUGACUGCGCUGCCCAGUCUUCCUCCUUUGCCCGACCAUCGAGAACCGCAACUCGCCAUUCGCUCGGCCAGUGCAAGCACCGCCCACACGAGUCUCCUGCAGCAACCGAGGAGAAGGGGGACGCCUGCAACGAGUGACGACACUCAACACUGCCACAUUCAACACACACAUACAAACAAAGCAACACUGAUUCCUCACAAACACUGUACACCACUGCCAUGAAAACACUUUCACACCUCUCUGAUGUACAUAUACACCUACAACCUGCCACACAGGCGCACUGCCAAACAUAACACACACACACACACACACACACACACACUGCUAGCACACUGCAAAGACUGCCCCACAAACCCACUGCCACGCGCAUGCAUUCAUAAACACACAUACACAUACAUAAGCAGAACACAGGCAAUAUUACACUUGUCUUGUCCAAUUCUGAUGCCAAGGACAGGGAGGACCGAAACUCCAACCAAGCAGCAGAUACUACCAGCAGACAUAAACCAUGAAACACACACAUGAUGUUACACACUAAACUAGAUGAACAGCUACAAACUGAUUCUAACAAGUAAAAUUACGAUGUCAGGACCCCCCCCCCCCCCCCCCAAUUUACAGAAUAGCAGGUACUACAAAUGAUCAGUUUGGACUGUAAAAUCCACCUUGAUGACAUCAUGCUGUCGAACCAGCAGCCAUGUUGGAUUUACAGAUAAACAAGAGAAAGAAAGGAUGUAGUCCCAGUUUGAAUAUGCCUUGAAUGUGCAUGUGUUACUUUGUGAGCUACAGCUAACACCACAGAGGAGACAUCUGUCACAGCUGGAAAGAUCUUCUACAUCGUGCUAGAAACUCUGAAACCAUCUCACAGGAGUAAUGUGGUGGAAAGCUCAGACGAUUUCUCUCUGAAGCUUGUCAUACACACACAUGCUGUGCUAGGGAAUGCAAUCAUGCCUUUUUGAUGGAUUAGCACAAUAACGUUCUAGUGAGUGUCUCCAACAUGGAUGUGAAAAACGCGACAUCUUGAUGACACAUCUGCUUCAGUUGCAGAACAGUCUUCAAUGUUUCUCCUAUUGGCUAAGGGAAGAAUUCAAGGAAUAUUGGACUACCUAUCCCAGCAUGACCAGACUUGGACUCCAUUGAUGGAUGUUUGGACUUGUCAGCUCUAUAAAUGAGACCAUAAAACUGAUAUGAGUGGACCUCCUACCAUUGUUGUUUAGUAGCAAACCUGAACAACAAAAAGCUCUUCGAUCUUCAAUGUAACUGUGUUCCCAGGACUUUGGCCACAAAUACGGGGACGUUUUGUGGCAUUGUAGCCAUGACUUAAACCUUGUAGAUGUAAGAAAACCUACUUCGAAAGGUGUUACCCUCCAGAGUCUGAUUGGGAAAUGUCAGUUUUGGUUUGAACCUGUUACAGCAGGCAGAAAGUGCCUGUUGGUUUCCUAUUUCUGGGACAUUUCUUCACUGAUAUCAACGAUUCAUUCAUAAAACUUUGAUGAACGCUGAUGAUCUGGUGAAGAAAUGUGGUGUACAGUCCUACAGCACACUAUCCUGAGGCUUUUCAGUUGGUUACACUGAUAGGGGACCAUUUCUGAUCGAUUGCAAGGUUAACCUAAAUGCCCAUCUGCAGAUUUUACUUGGCAUUGGAUAGACAUGCACUGAUAUCCAUUUUUCACUUGUUUUACCAGAUUCUACCAGAGUGCCUCAACCACUAGUUUGAGGUCGUGCUACAGAAGCCCAAACCAACACAUGAAACAUAUUCCAAGUAAAGAAAUUUAGACAAUAAUGAUAUUGAUACCCAUCAGCUUUAUCAGUGCAUCCCUACCCUCUACACUUCAUGGCAUCAGAUAUCAUGUGUCAAACAUGCUCAUCUACCCACAAACAGAAACGCUCGCUAACUCUAAACCGUGUCCAAGGAGAAUUCAGUCAAUGCAUUCCUUUUUUUAAGAGUCUUUUCCAGAUGUGUACUGUAUGUGUGUGUGAAGUGGAUCCUUAUCAAAUACUCGCCUGUUACUUCCUCCUUUCUUUCCACUCCUCAUUCACGCACAACUGUCCUCGUGUCGUUCUACUACACCGACAGCGUAGCUACUGUACGAACCUUAUACGCAUUUUGAAAAUGUAGCAUUAUAACGUGAACUUGGUAAACAACGAGCUAAGAGCUGUGACUGUCCACCUGCAGUCAGAGUAGUUAAAGCACUGACAGAUUUUUACUUUUAAAGAAAUACAUUCAUGACAUUUUUUAUUUACUUAAUUGGAUGUUUUCAAACUUUUACUAAAUUAAAAAUGUAUAUCCACCUUAAACUAUGUGGCAGUCAAUUUUGAUGACAUAAAAUGCCUUUAAGAAGGAUGUCUGCACACGGAAGAGAAGUGUUUGGGAAAGAAGUAAAAGACUGAAUGCUGUCAAAGAGUCUUAUUGUUAAAUUGAAAAAAUGGAAAAAAAAAUAUUGUAAACUGAAAACAAUCAUAUUUGGAGGGGGGUUUAUUCCAUUUGUUUCUCCUCUCCUUUUGUUUGCCAUGUUGUUCUCUUUCUAAUCAAACAGAUAUUCAAAGUGCCUGUCAGAUUUCCUGUUAGUCAGCUCACACCAAAACUGGACUCAUGUAAAAACACACAAACAAACCCAGCAGGCCUUUUUUUUUUAAAUGGGUAAGAUUGUUUUUAUGCACAUAAUUGUGAUCAGGCUGUACUAAAGCUACAGUAAAGUACUGUACCACAGUGGAGGAAGACAAAAAGGUUUACAGGUAAAGUAGGAUAUAGUAUAUAUUAACUUUUUUUAUACCAAGGGUUAUUGUAUUUCUGGAAAGUAAAUUAUUUUUGUUUUGUUUAUUUUAUAUGGAUGUGUUUGCUGAUAUUUUAGCUUGUUUUUUCUAUCCUUUCUAUUUAGUUAUCAUGGUGCUACUUAGUGUAAAGUCUGCUGUGGGCCCGCCUCCUUCAACAAGGCCUCUAUCUACCCAUCUACCUAUUUUAAAAUGUCUCCUCCACUGUCUUUGUAUGAACAGUUGAGCGUUUCUCCAUCUCUGCACACCAUUUAAUGACUCAGCAGUUUGAAAUAGGGCAUUACAGUAACAGUGCAUGUAUUUAAAUAACACAGUGAGGAAAACCCACAGUCUAAAUGCUGGUGUCUGUCUCCACUCCAGCCCUCACUGCUGGUAGAAAACCAACCGUCUGGAAUCGGUCACCGCUUCAAAAGCUGCUGGCCUGAUUGCCACAGGAAUAGGUCGUCUUAUUUUUUGACCGCAAGUUUUAGCCCAGCUAGUCUGAUUGGUGGUGACUACAGAAAUCUUAUAACCCUGUUUCCUAAAAAGCACAGCUAAUAAGGUUGAGUACACAUCCAUUCCUUGCUACAUUCCAUCAUAUUUCCAUCUUUUUUUUUUAGCUACAUCACGCAAUUACAUCACUGAUGAGUCGUAACCUGAUAUUAAUACAGGUCAUGUGCAGUAUUUAACAAAGAUAGACAAGGGGGAAUGCUGAAAACAGAAACUGGUGCUGUUGGUAUUGUACUGGUGCAGAUAAGGCAGUUUAUUGAGGCAGUCAGCUCAAAUUUUUCCUAACAUGGAAAAUGCUUUUAAGAAAUACUUGACUGAAAAUCGUAAAAACUUGUCAGCCAGAAAAGUGUCUGUGAAAAUGAAUUCCAACAAUGACAAGCAUAAUCAACUACUUUGCUGCCAUCGAUACGUUCAGUAUGUUUCCAUGUUUGACUGGUUGAAGCAUGGUUACCUGUUUGCACGUGUUGCACACAGUUACGUAUGCCAACACUGUUGCAACACGGUGUGCUUAAAGGUUUUCAGUGGAGUAUUCCUCAUCAGGAGGUCUGGCACAUUUCAUCAAACCUCAUUACAGAUAUACACCAAUGACCACACCUGCUCCACAUCCAGUCUAAGUCGAGUGCACAGUUUCAGAAACACAAGAAUGAAAUAAUGGAUUUAAGGACACAACAAAGUUGGUAAAAAAUAAUAAAUAAAAACGUACAAUUAGCCAAACAUUGGUAAUGAUAAACUUCCCACAUUAGAUUUUUUUAAAAACGCCACUAAUGGUAGCUUCUUGUGUUAGUGCACAAAUCAGGCUAGCUGACUAACUUGCCAACAUGUUAUUAUCUACACUCAAAAUAGUUCACACACAUUAUCAAAUCACGAUAAGAGAGAAAUGAAAAAGCAACAUGAAUUUUUCUGUUCACUGUGGCUUAUAAGUUGAAGGUCUCCAUUAUGGCUGCCGAAUAUCUCUGCCAAAAUUCUCCGUAUAAAAAGAGUUGGUCGACAUUACAGAGUGUAAUAUAGACCGAGCUAACAGAAUGCAGAUUGGCAGAAGUCCUGUCUGCAGUAACCACAGUCCAAUAAUGACUCUGUCAUCCCACAGUCUCUCCCACCACACAGCAGGAUGAGUCUCACACUACAAAAGAACCUUAACAUUAAUACCAUAAUAUUAGGUUUGGCAUCGUUUCUGCAAAACUAAAAUAAGCCAUUCAUUUUGGAUUCACUCUUCAAAUCUUUCCAUCUCAUUUAAAAUUCAGACAUGUAACAUGAAACUACAACAGAUGCCACUAACAAGGUCAAAACAUGAAAUGUGAUUUUUAAUUUAAAAACUGUAAAAAUGCGACACCUUCAAAAUAAAAGCACAAACCUGAAACUAAUCUACUUUUGGCAUAGUUUACUAAAAGACAUUAGGUGAGUCAAAAUUCACAAUUUAAAUAGAUAUUUUAUUUAAACACUGAGACAUUGUUCAUAGUGAGAAGGUUUUCUAGAUUCUGUUCUACCUCUUACACUUUCUACACCAAUAUCAUACACUGAGACAUGUCAUCAAAUAACACAGAACAUACAACUCAUGUGUCUUUAAUUUAAUUGUGCAUCAAUAUUUAUAUGGAACAUAUAUAUAUAUUCCUAUUGUCAUUUAGUCUUGCUGUCAAUGAGAAGGUCACUUUGUGCCUUUCCUCUACAAAGAUGUCUUUAGGUUAAAUACAAUACAAAUACAAAUACUAUUAUCUUUCUGCAAAUAUUUGGCUCCAACUACAUACAAACUGUAUGAUAAUGCCAAAAUCCAGAUUAAAUAUAUCUGGAGUUCAGAUUAAAUGUCUUUAUUUGUCACCUUUCAGUAGGUGUAGGCUGAUUUGUGUUUAUAUUAAGCUUCACUUCUUUCUCUACUGCAUACAUUCUGACGGACAAUACGUGUUACAAGCCAAUAGGGGAUCUCAGUGUUGAGGUUUCAAGAGUACAGUAUGCCUUAGAAAUUAGUUUUGCUUCACUUUUGUGUGACCAGACCUCCAAAUGGUUGAAAAUUCGGACCAAGGUUACGUUUUUGGUUAAACGUGUUGUGUUGUUGAAAGUUAAAAUAUGAUUUUAACACAUAAAAUAAUUGGUUUGUAUUACUAUUCAUUUAUGGCUCUUACCGGUAUUUACUGCGACCUGGAUGUUUUUUGUUUGUUUUUUGUAUAUACUGUAAAAAUCUGUAAUGGCGCAGUCAACAAUAAGACUCAAAUCUCUCUUCGACUCUGAUGUCAUCGGUCAGUUCUGUCUCCGCCUCUCCAGCCUUUCCACCUGCCUGUCAGGUGUUACAUUUGCUCCUCCCCCUCAGGUUAUAAGUACUAGGCAUUGCAGCCAAUGGCAGACAGUUUUACAGGGCACACAGCAUCACCAGCCAAUGACUGAUGAGUUCUUACAGGUUGCAUGACACAAACCAUGAGUCUCAUUGUUCCCUGCGUGUCUGUAAGCCUGUUAUAGAAGCUACAUGAAUCUUUCCAGCCUUUUUAACGUGUUUCCAUACCAUUCAUACGAUUAUUACAUCCUGGCAAUAUGUACAUGAAUUCUAAGCUGUUCAUAAUGUUAGCUAAAAUAUUACCUAGAGAAUGCCUGUAUAUUCGCUUUAUAUAACCUACUCUUGUCUUUUUUAAUAAUGUUUGGUUCUUGAAUAAAAGGAGAAUGCAAUGAAAGACAAAUAAAAUGAGUACACAGUAAGGAAAUUUGUCCCCUUGUAUUGCGACUUGAAAAGAAAUGAAAGGUUUGUACUCACUCUGUCCUUUUUGUUUCUUUGAGAAAAGCUGAAUGUCAACAGCUGAUCCGAACCAGGUCGCUGCGGAAGUAUGUAGCUCUCUCCCUUUAUAGACCACACUUGAGCAUUUCUUCUGUACAUAGGUGCAUUUUGAAGCUGAUGAAAAAAAUAAGGCAGCAAACAUGAAACGAGUAAAAUGAGAACAUUUGAUCCAAGUGGAUUUUUAAAAGGUUGGGGAUUUUUUUUUUUUUCCGACCAAUGUAGCUUGUAAAACAAGAUAUUAUAACUGCCUCCUGUUUGUCAUAGAAUUCACAAAUAAAUGUUUGUUGGAAUUUA